AUGUCUAGAGAAGUUCAAUUUAAGUCUUUCGCCGACCAGAAGCCUGGCACAUCAGGUCUUCGCAAGAAGGUCACUGUCUUCCAACAGGAACACUAUAGCGAGUCCUUUAUCACCUCCAUUCUCCUUUCCAUUCCCGAAGGCGUUGAGGGCUCGUUCCUCGUCAUUGGUGGUGACGGCCGAUACUGGAACCCAGAGGUGGUCCAACUGAUUGCAAAGAUUGGUGCUGCAUAUGGCGUCAAGAAACUGCUCAUCGGACAAAACGGUAUUCUGAGCACACCUGCUGCAAGCCAUGUCAUUCGCAUUCGGAAGGCAACUGGUGGUAUCCUCCUCACCGCAAGUCACAACCCAGGCGGCCCCAAGGCCGACUUUGGGAUGAAAUACAAUCUGUCCAAUGGAGCCCCCGCCCCAGAAUCUGUGACCAACAAGAUCUUUGAAAAAUCCAAGACCCUCACUUCGUACAAACUUGCAGACAUUCCUGAAGUAGACAUUCACACAAUCGGCACAAAGAAGUAUGGUGCUCUGGAGGUCGAGAUCAUUGAUUCUGUUUCCGAUUAUGUCACCAUGUUGAAAGACAUCUUCGACUUCAAUAUGAUCCGCUCUUUCUUCAAAUCCCAACCUGAUUUCAAAGUUCUCUUCGACGGAUUAUCUGGUGUCACGGGUCCGUACGGCAAGGCCAUCUUCCAAGGUGAGCUCGGAUUGUCAGAGUCGAGCACACAGAAUUGCGAGCCAAGCCCAGACUUCAACGGCGGUCACCCUGAUCCCAAUCUUACCUAUGCUCAUUCAUUGGUUGAACGAGUCGACCGAGAAGGGAUUCAUUUUGGUGCAGCAUCUGAUGGAGAUGGUGAUCGAAACAUGAUCUAUGGCAAGAAUGCUUUUGUUUCGCCUGGUGAUUCGUUGGCCAUCAUCGCCCACUAUGCCAAGCAAUACAUUCCAUACUUCCAAAAGCAGGGCGUGUACGGUCUUGCACGAUCAUUCCCCACCUCGGCGGCGCUGGACCUCGUUGCCAAGAAGCAAGGCUUGAACUGUUACGUCGUGCCCACUGGAUGGAAAUUCUUUUGCUCUCUAUUCGACACUGACAAAAUGUCGAUCUGCGGUGAAGAAUCCUUUGGUACAGGCUCCAACCAUAUCCGAGAAAAGGAUGGUUUGUGGGCUGUGACCGCAUGGCUCAACAUCAUCGCUGGCGUUGGGAGAGACACUGGCAAGCUCCCGUCCAUUGCCGAGAUUCAGAAGCAAUUUUGGCACGAAUACGGGCGUGUAUACUUUACCCGAUACGAUUAUGAGGAUGUCAGCAGUGAUGGAGCUACCGAAAUGGUCAAAUCCCUCAAGGAGAAGAUCGCCGACAAGAACACUGUGGGAUCGGAGAUUCAGGGUCGCAAGAUCACGGAAGCUGACGACUUCUCGUAUACCGACCUUGACGGGUCAGUGUCGAAGAACCAAGGUAUCUAUUUCAUCUUUGACGACGGAACGCGGAUCGUGGUGCGCUUGUCUGGAACUGGAAGCAGUGGAGCUACAAUCCGGCUGUAUGUUGAGAGACUAGAGGAAGACAAGAGCAAGCUUGGUGACGAUACGCAAACCUAUUUGCAAGGACCUGUCAGCCUGGCGACGGAGUUGUUGCAGCUGCAGAAAUUUAUUGGCAGAACCGAGCCUGAUGUCAAGACUUGA